GGUGGAGGAGAAAGAGAGACAAUGGUGCAGCACACGGACAACAGCGAGACGGACGGGAGCAUGUCCAGGGAGGCUACCGACUCGGAGGAGAGCGAGUUUAUGGCGUGCAGCCCCGUACCGAUCAACCCGGACUGGUGCAAGACAGCCACGGGUCACAUCAAGAGACCCAUGAAUGCGUUUAUGGUCUGGUCCAAAAUCGAGAGGAGAAAGAUCAUGGAGCAGUCGCCGGACAUGCACAACGCGGAGAUCUCCAAGCGGCUGGGGAAGAGGUGGAAGAUGCUGAAGGACAGCGAGAAGAUCCCGUUCAUCCGAGAGGCGGAGAGGCUGAGGCUGAAGCACAUGGCCGACUACCCCGACUACAAGUACAGACCCAAGAAAAAACCAAAGCUUGACAGUACCAAUAAGUCAUCAUCAUCAUCAUCAUCAUCAGCACCGUCUCCGGAGAAGUGCGGCAAAAUGGCAAAGACUCCCAGCAAGAAGUGUUCAAAGAUAAAGACUAAGAGCGGCUCCAAGUCCUCCCACCACGGCUACGGGGAGGACUGCGUGUUCCCCAGCUUAAAAGUUACAAAGACUGUGAAGAGCGAGCUCACCGACGAGGACGACGACGACGAGUACGAGGACGACUACCGGAUGGGGAUUAAGGCGAGGGACGAGGAGCGCCUGAGGCCGUACAAUGUGGCCAAAGUUCCGGCGAGCCCAACUUUGAGCUCCUCGGCCGAGUCCGAGGGGACGAGCAUGUACGAAGAAGUGAGGAACAACAACAGACUGUUUUACAACAUCAAGAACAUUACCAAGCAGAGCACAUUGCACGCUGCUUCAGUCUCACCAGCAUCCUCCAGGUCGGUCUCCACAUCCUCAUCCUCCUCUUCUUCCUCCUCAUCCUCCUCAUCCUCCUCCAGCAGCAGCAGCAGCUCCUCUUCUGGUGAGGAUGCGGACGAUUUGCUGUUUGACUUUAGUUUGAAUUUCGCUCCCAGUGCCCCAGGCUCGGAGCUGGGCAACCCCAAUUCAGGAAACCUCUCCCUGUCUCUUGUGGAUAAGGACCUGGACUCUUUCAGUGAGGGCAGCCUGGGCUCUCACUUUGAAUUCCCAGACUAUUGCACGCCAGAACUCAGUGAGAUGAUUGCAGGGGACUGGCUGGAGGCGAACUUUUCCGACCUGGUCUUCACAUACUGAAUUGAAGAAAGAGAGAGAGAGGGAGAAAGAGAGAGAAAAAAGAGAAACGUUCCUCUAGUAAUAACAGAGAAGGGAGAAAGUAAAUUAUAUAUGUGUCCUGGUCAAGUUGUCCCUAGCCUUGCCUCCUGUGUUGGGUUUUUUUUUUCUGAAGGGUCCUGAAAGGGAGGUUGGAGGACCAGGAGGUGAGGUGAGGUUUGAGGAAUGAGAUGCUUAUGAAGCUGGUAGCAAAAAAAAGAGAGAGAGAAAAAAAAGAAAAAAAAAAAGAAAGGCAAAGUCUGCAGAGGGUUUUUUUCUGGCAGCAUGACAGGGUUUUAUGGAUUUUUUCCCCCCAGUAGGUCUGCAUUUACUGUUCAGCUUAAACGGACCACAAAAGGGAAGAAUACGUGAACUUCUAUGCAUCUUAUCCUCUUAAAAACAAAAAAAACUGCAGGGAGCUUAAAAAAAAACGGACUGUGGACAGACUCAAAGCAAAUCUGUGAACUGACACUUGUUCAGGAUGUUACUUUACAACGGUUUAUGUCAUUUCUAAAUGCCGCAAAUGUUUGUUUGUUUUUUUUGUAACUGAUUCAGUUUACCUCCCGGUUUGGUAAAUUCAAGCAGCCUAAAACCUCUGCAGAAUACAGGUGUGGAGGAAACAUUUUGAUACAUAACAGACCUCAUCUUUUUAAAAGAAAAGUAAGAUAUUUUCAGGCAUAUUUUUGUACAGUUAAAAGGGAAUGUUCUUACUGUGCUUUCAGUGAGUUUCAGGCACUUCUUCCCUUUAUCAUUUGUUUUUAGCAUGCAAGGGAGUCCUGGUUUUAAGGAUUAAGUUAAAUUAAAACUUGCAUCAAAAAUGCCUUGUGAUUUCAAACUAGGUUUUGUACAGUUGUAGAGCAGAUUUGUUGAGUAUUUGUAGACGAUACAAUGGCAUCAUGGGGAACACAUACCUCAGAGCUGGAACUAGUUUCAAGAUUGUAUAUGUACUGUAAUAUAGUAAAGUUAGGAGUUUAUGUAUAUCAUACUCGUGAUAUGUGGAUGGGUCCCAAUCGCAGGUGUGAAACUGGAUUUUGGUAUUUUUUAUGGCACAUACUGUUUUUCCCCCUCUCAUUUUUUGUGCAAUAUAUACUCUUAAGAUACAGACCAUCAACAAUUGUAGCAAGUGAUGGAAAAACAGACUUGUGCACUGUCAACAUCAUAUCAUGUUAUGAUGCUGAAGCCUGUCCAGGCAGAAAAAUAAACAAAUCAGCUGGAACUGAUACAAAACUAUAUAAUAUGGCCUCAUGGUGUGAUGCAUACUAUAUAAACAGAUUGAUAUCACAAUUUGAAUGUAAUUUGACACAUAAUGGGGAAAUCUGACACAAAACAGAAUCUGACUGAAAAUUAGGGGUAAAGGAGUUCUGCAGAAGGGCAUAGUCUGAUACAGUGGUGGUCUGGCAUUGGUUCAACAAGCAAGCAAAAAAGAACAUUCCAUAGUCCUGUUUCAUGUAAUGAAACUUUAUUUUAAAACUGAAGACUGCCUUCUUUUUUUAAAACAUUAACCAUAAACCUGUAUUUUUUAUUUCUUGCACUUAAAAAAAAGCAGAUAUUGUUUAUUUUUAUGUGGGUCUUACAUAUGAAGUCUGUUUGAUAAAAAGGUUUUGGAAUAUGACCUAAUUAUAUGCCAAGACAUUUUGUUGGAAGUUCUAGGCAGUAGUUACUUCACAUUCCAAGUGUGAAUCUGUCUUUGACUCAUCUUUUAAUAAAUAAGUACCUACCACCAUCAACUGUCCUUUCAGUUUGUGAAUAUAUGUACACAAAUGUGUUAUUUGUUGCGUUUGCAAAGGAUGUGAUGACAGAGUGAUGCCUAUUUUGUAUGUAGGCGGAUCCUCUGAAAUUGG